CACAGACGGGCGGGCAUGGGCCGCGCGGCCUCCGGCAACCCGGGACGCUGCAGGCAGCGCGGCGGGUCCCCAGGAGGCCGGCGACGGCGUGAACGUCCACGCCGAAGGCCUCGGAAGCGCCGGGGCCCCCGGAGGAGAAGGAAAGCUUGUGCGCGCCGCCGCAGGAGGGCGCGACCUCGCCGGAACGAUCCGGUGGUUCCGGUCCCCGGGCCUCUGCUGCAGGAGCCUCCCCAGGCCAGCAACUGCGCCGAGCUCCUGGGCUUGUGCGCAUCCCGAGAUGAUUGGCGCUGUGCGCGCUCCAUGCACGAAUUCUCAGCCAAGGACAUCGACGGGCACAUGGUUUGCCUGGAUAAGUACAAGGGUUACGUGUGCAUCGUCACCAACGUGGCCUCGCAAUGAGGCAAAACCGACGUAAACUACACUCAGCUAGUCGAUCUGCAUGCCCGAUAUGCCGAGUGUGGUUUACGAAUCCUGGCCUUCCCCUGCAACCAGUUCGGGAAGCAGGAGCCAGGAAGUAAUCAAGAAAUCAAGGAGUUUGCGGCAGGCUACAAUGUCAAGUUUGACAUGUACAGCAAGAUCUGUGUAAAUGGGGACGAUGCCCACCCACUGUGGAAAUGGAUGAAAAUCCAGCCCAAGGGCAGGGGCAUGCUGGGAAACGCCAUCAAGUGGAACUUCACCAAGUUUCUCAUUGAUAAGAACGGAUGCGUGGUGAAGCGCUAUGGUCCCAUGGAGGAGCCCCAGGUGAUAGAGAAAGACCUGCCGUGCUAUCUCUAACCUACAAGUGUGAGCCGCCACCGAGCCCCCCUGCCCUGUGACCCCCGGAACCUUCCACCCGGCACUCAUGACGGUCUGCCUGCAAACCAGCCCGCUGGUGGGGCAGUCCCGAGGACCUGGCGUGCACCCCGCCGGAGGAAGGUCCGGGGCCUGUGGCCCUGGGCUUGAGCUUUACCUUGGCCGCCUUGUGGGAAUAAAAAUGUAGAAAUGUG